UCGUGAAUUAUUCGAGAAUAUUUCUAUUGCUUGUGUUAUUGAGACAAGCUGACCCUGGUCGCAUCUACGGCAUUGUUCACGGUGAUCGCCUAAGAAGAUAUGGAGCGGGCAAGAGUGUUAGUCUCUCACCAUUCGAAACAGGUAGCCCAUAUGAUGUAGUUGUUCUGCGUGGAGGAAGACAACAGACUUAUUCAAGUGGGCAACUCGAAAGAUCAUGAGUAUUGUUAACGCCAUUCGUUCUGAUAGUGUACUUGAAUUAGAACACUUGCUCAGGCAGCCGGGUCGAUAUGUAAAUGCGCCUAUCAAAAAUGGCCGACCACCUCUUCAUUUUGCAAUUCAAGAAAAUAAAAAACGCAUUGCUGCAGCUUUGUUGAACAAACAUCACGCCGAUAUCGACAUGACAGAUGAUGACGAUUACACACCAUUGAUGAUUGCCAUUGAUACCAAUAAUCCAGAUCUGGUGAAAUUUCUGAUUGAAAUGGGUGCGGAUACAAGUGGCAAAUACCCAGACGGAAAGACUUACCAAGAAAGUACGGAAAAUGUUAAAAUCAUUGAGCUGCUUCGUGACAAGAAAAAUGUCAAAUAGGUUCAUCAAACACAUCAAUAAGCAGUAAUAAUGUUUUGUAGUUCAGAGGCAGUUGUUGUGCUCGUUUUAGCAGCGUUGAUAUUGAUCUCAGUUUUACGUUACAUGUACGAAACGAAUAAACGAGUUCAAUGAGGAGUAGUUUGAGUAAAAGAUAUCAAUUUUAGACUAGAUUCUACAAUCAAACAUCAGAUCAAGACUUCGAGUUAAAAUAAUGUGUUUCUGGAUGAGCGGAUCUGUCCGUGGCAUUCUGCGUUGGUUAACAGGACUCAAGUACAUGUAAACUGGACAUAAAAAGAGGGAGAAAGUAAUUUUAUUUGCUCGGUGUAUCCAUCAGAAAGGUCAUGAUCGACGAUUGACGGUCCAUCUUCGAUCAGCAACAUUCAUCAUGUAACAUAAUAGAGAGCAUAUUUUCACAGAGGAAUAGAACAUUUGUACUUUAAUGCGCAUUAUAACGAAGUAUUAUGAUCAGCCAGCAUCACUACACUGAAGACAGAAAAAGUUCUUUUGGCCAGAACAAAAUUAUUUUCACUUCUGUAAACGAUAUAUUGUACUGCUAGAGAAUUUUAACCAACUGAAAAUGUAUGAUCUAAAGCAGCCCUACAUGUACUACAGUACUUAAUAAGAACCUGUUAGCCUAUAUCAAUUUAGACCCUAUUUACAUAUUAAGAACCUAUUUAGCCUAAAAUUUGAAAGAGGUUCUUGUAGAAAGGUUCUUAUAGAAAUUAACCUCAAAACUCAAACUGUAGUGAACUUGGACAUGUAUAAACUGCUAAAUUUAGUAUAAAUAAAGUUUGAAAACCUUGUAAAUUUUUAUUACAUUAGGGAUAAAUAAGAACCUAUUUUUAAGAACCUGACCAUUUACAUAAUAAACCCUUUUAGGCUAAAUUUGAAAAAAAUGGGUCUUAUAAGAGGGUAAGUACUGUAUUUACCCAUGACGUCACAUUAAACAAAUAGAAAGUUCUUGAAAAACGAAGGAAAGAAACUCUCUCAGGGAGCAAUGAGUCCUGAAUGUGUUCGCAUUCCUUUGAAUAGCGUAAAUAGAAAGAGGGAAUAUCUCCAAGCUAAACAAGCAGAAAAAUACCAAUUGACAUUGGCAACUAAUCAAGAGUCUCGAGACAGGUGCAACCAACGACUGAUUCAUUGAAAAGGACCUUAGAAACAGGGCAGAAGAUGCCGAAAAAGGGAAGAAAAAACAGUAACGAAUUCAUUGAGAACUUUUAAUUUAUUUGCUGAUGUUCGGUCGAUAUUUCUAUCGCCCCAACGAGAUCACGAUGAACAGCUUGCUACAAACGAUGGUUAUUUUGGCGUCGGUGUAUGGCGAAGCAAGGAGUCAAGUUUUCAAAUGUCAAGAAAACCGCUUUGCAUUGGAUUUUUCUUCUUCAUCUGAACCAGCGACUUCACCAUCAAAAGUCCAAGUACCACAAAACGAACUAACGGUUUGUUUUUGGAUGAAAGUUGCUCAGGGAUCACGUGAUAUGACAGUUUUCUCGUUAAAAGGGUCUAACGGCCUUCAAAUUUUCAGUAUGCUAAUGAAGAACUCUAGCAGUGUAACCGUUCAAAUUGGUUCAAGUAAAAAGAUUUUGAAGUCCCAUCAGCUUACAGGCAAUGUUGUCAGUAUUUGCCUGACAUGGACAAACAAUGAUGGACGAUGCAGGCUAUAUGUAAACUCGGCUCUUGCUGACAUGGUUACAGGUUUUUCGAAGGACUACGUAAUCAAGCCUGGAGAUCAGGUAUAUUUAGGAGGCAAGUUGGGGCAAUUUGUUGGUCUAAUCAGCCACUUUAACAUGUGGAGUUACGUUCUGCCGACUCAAGUGAUUGCAAUACUUGGUCAGCGUUGUGGAGUCGAGAGAGGUGACGUCAUACCAUGGGAAUCGUUUAAGGUCAAUUCAGGCGUUCAUGUUGAUAUUUGUUCAGAACAAGCGCCUCAAUGGAAUCGAGCUGGCUUGGUUCAUCAUUGGACUCUGAAUGGUCCUGACACCAAUGUGAGACUGAAUUACAGUGCGGUUUAUCUAGAAGGUCGUUACAGCACCAGCAAGUCUUUGUUUCUUGAUAGCACUGAAGCGUAUGCCACACUAAAACCAGGAAUAAACCUGAAUGGGAAUUUCACCUUUUCGUUUUGGAUGAAAUACAUAUCAGACGAACCCCGCAAUGCGACUAUUGUCAACAAUCACGAUGAGUUUAUACUCAAAAUAUUGAAAAAUAGCCUUAUUGUUCAAAGAAGCCAUUAUAUUGAUAAAUCUGGAAACAUUACAAAAGUCAGUGUUUUGGAAACCACAGAGGAUUUAAUUAACGGAAGUGGCAGCACGUGGCAGCACGUCGCUUUGGUGUGGCAAGAAGAUACGACAAGCUAUCACGUGCGUUUGUACGUUGAUGGUCGGCUGAUCCACAAAGGAAAAGCAAACCGUACACAGAAUUGGGUGACGCCCAUUUCAGACCAGUGGUACCUUGGACGAACCUAUGCAUCAUGGGAUUAUGGGUAUUUUCUUGGCUAUCUAAGUGAUUUUAUGGUGUUUAAAAGAGCUUUAUCAGAUAACGAUAUUGCUACCCUAAUGGCGGUUGGUUCAAGUGUUUAUCAAACGUUUUGGAAGCCAGUGUAUUCUAGUUCUUCAAGUCCUCAGGUAACUCAAUCUAGUGUGGAAACAUGGCCAGACAUCGGUAAAUGUACCAAGACACGUCCAUAUCAACCAGCUGAUUGUAUGGGUGCUCUUCUUAUUGGCAAAGACAAGGUUAAUUUUACACAUGAAUCAGUUACAGUCCAACUACCAUGCGACCAGGAAACUAACGGUGGAGGAUGGUUGAUUAUUGGUACCAGAACCAAUAACAAUGAAUACUUUGAUCAAACGAUCCAAAACUACACCGAUGGGUUCUGGGAAAACGAGAAAAAUUUUUGGCUUGGAGGUACCAUUGUAGCAUCCAUGACAGAAGAAUCGCAUCAACUUCUUGCAGAAGUACAUCCAAGUAAAGGAAAUCUUGCUCGUACUUUGUGCAACUCUUUUAGAAUGGAAUCACCAAACACAGUAAUUGGUGGGUGUUCAGGGUCUAACAUACCACUCACAUCGUUGGCUGAUUUUAAAAACUUGUUCUUAAAUACAUCAUUUGAUAAGGUGGAACUGAAGAUCAGACCUUUCAAAGACCUGCCUAAUGACUUCACAUUGUUUUUGGGAUCAUCUCGCUCAUUUCAUACCAACGUUCGUCUACGCAAUCUCACCGAGUUAACAUCAUUCACGAUUUGCCUGUGGACGAAAGUUAGCAAGCACCAUAGUGGUACACUAUUUUCCCUGGUGUCUGAUGACUUGAAAUGUAAUCUGGCCAUUUCAUCACCUGUUCAAUUACAAAUUUCUUGUACAAACGUAAGUGCUUUGAUAAAUUGUAAUCUGUUCGAUGACAAAUGGCACCAUAUCUGCAUCACAUGGACAGGAUCUUUGAGUCACAUCAGCGUAUAUAUUGGAGGUAAACGUAUAAAACAAAGCACGGGCCAUAAGUCCCACGUGUUCUCAAAGGCAGGAAUCCUGAAUAUAGGACGACAUCAGGACACUCUUAGUGACAGUUCUAUCCAGACUUCAAAAGAUUUCAUUGGUCAAAUUUGUCACAUGCACCUAUGGGAUUUUGUAAAAGAUGAGAGUUUUAUUGAAGCAAUAUCCAAGGGGCCUGGAGUAGAAUCUGGUAAUAUGUUGAUGUGGGCAUUAAUUCGGGCCUGGGUUCCAGUUAAUGUUCAAGUGCUGUACCCUUCAUCGUGCACCCUACAAGAGACGUAUCGUUGGACCUUUAAAAGUAACAAUGGUUCGUUCCAAGUGGAUGAUAAAAUGAACGCUUCAGCGCACAUUGAAGGUGGAAUAAUUGAACCAGAUGAGUCGAUUAUUUUUAAUAAACAAGGUUCAAUUACAUCAUCAUAUGUAAAAAACCAAACCUUGGGAAUAGCGAUGUCCUUCUGGAUAAAACAAAAAGUUUUUAUAUCAAGUAUUCUGGGUGAUAAUAAUAUGUACUAUGACCAGCUUAAAACAUGGCUAUCACCUAUCAUAUCCCAUCAUGCAUUGUGGGUUCGUUGCUACUCGUCAAAGCUUCAUGGUUAUUAUGCUUCAAGCUUUCACAAUCAAUGUGACUUUAAAGGACCAACUAUAACGCUAAUAAAAGUCAAAGGUUUUAUAUUUGGAGGGAUGAUUGAUCAAAGUUGGGGUGGUUCUAGUGGAUUUCUUCCAAGCACAAAUGCAUUCUUAUUUACUCUUAAUAAUCCUCACCAACUACCCCCGACAAAAUUUCCCAUCAAACAAGAUCAGACACAGUUUGCUGCUCACACCAAUCAGUUUGUUGGUCCAAGCUUUGGUUUUAACGACCUCACUGUAUAUGAAGAUGUAUCCGGCCGAAUAGCAUGCUGGAGCAACCUGGGCACAAGUUAUAAUGUUACAAUUGUAGAAGGAACGAAUGUUUUUACAGGAUGUUCUGUCUUCUACCCUGAUGAAAUCGAGGUUUUCUUGUACGACUUGCCAGCGACCAAAGUCCAAGAUAAACCAUCUACAUCAUUCAUCAAUAAUAGCAAUGUGUUUUGUUCGUCUUCAAAAGCUUUGGAUCAGUUCAUUCAGUGGGACUUCGACAAGCUAGAAACUAUAACUCACAUCUCUUUACAGGGAGAUCCUACACAGGGUUACGUCACCGCCUUUCUUGUCAACUACUCCUCAAUAAGUACUAGAUAUUCUUGGAGAAUUUUACCAAGGGUAUAUGUAUCCAGAUCUAAAUGGGUGAAAACUGUUCACUCGUUUUUGCCUCCUAUACAAGCUUACAGUGUAAAAAUAACGCCAACGAAGUGGCACAAACAGAUAUGCAUGAUUGUGAACAUCUUCAAAACAACAAAAGAGUGUGCUGAAGCGUUUGGUAUGGAAAGUGGUGCAAUCGCCGAUAAGAAAAUCACGGCUUCAUCUUCAUUUUCAACUUAUAAACCCGAUUAUGCAAAGGAAUUCCGCUGGCCACAUCGCGGUAGACUCAACUCUAAAAAAGGCGCUAAGGCGUGGCAUCCAGCUUUUAUGAAGAUCGGUUAUUGGUUUCAAGUGGAUCUAGGGAAUGUAUCCGCAUUACGAUGUUUGGCGUUGCAGGGACGUCCAAACAAAAUCCAUUACGUUAGAGCUUUUCAGUUUGCAUACAGUCUAGAUGGAAAUACGUGGAAAUACAUGCAGACAAAGUACAAUAACAAGACAUUUCAAGGCAUCGAAAAUCAACUAGAUGAAGUUAUUACCGUAAUGCCUCGUUCAGUUAUGGUUAGGUUUGUUCGUAUUUAUCCGGUAAAAUGCUCCAAGUACUGCGCUUUAAGAAUAGAGAUUUACGGCAACCAAACAGGUAUAGAAGACAACAUGGAAGGUCUUGAAUUUGCUUUUCGCCAAGGAAGCAACAGCUUCAUUUAUUCAACUUCUUCAAAAACAUGGAAAGUAGAGAACAGAGCACCGCUACAACAAUGGACUCACGUCACAAUCACGUGGUCGCCAGCCAAUGGGAUCAAAGUUUACUACAAUGGCACACUAAAAGAGCAAAGUAGUUUUAGCAACGCUGUAACCAAGGUAACUAACCAAGUACCCAUCGCCUUAACGAUGGCUGAAGGUGUUGGCACUACACCAGUAAAAAUUGGAAAUUUAAAAGUAUGGAACCAAGAAAUAGAUCAAAGAAUGGUAUUCAAGGAUUAUGAAUCAAUAAACUGCGAUUUCGAACAAGAUAUGUGUUUGGAUAGAUUUGAAAUUUCCUCCAAACAGAAGUUUUCUUGGGAAAGGAGUCUGUACUGCAUGUCAACCAAAAAGAUAGGACCUUGUGAAGAUGAUACAUCAUUGACAGGUUAUUGCUUGUCUCUAAAGUCGUUACCAGUUUACAGAGGUCAGUCUUCGACGUUUACCAGUCCUCUCCUCCAUAGCGCAAUAUCGUGCAUAUUCUUUGAUUAUCAAAUAAGUGGAAAUACCACUGGCCGGAUUAAUGUCAACAUCAUUGAGCUAAGUGGUUAUUGCUUGUCUCUAAAGUCGUUACCAGUUUACAGAGGUCAGUCUUCGACGUUUACCAGUCCUCUCCUCCAUAGCGCAAUAUCGUGCAUAUUCUUUGAUUAUCAAAUAAGUGGAAAUACCACUGGCCGGAUUAAUGUCAACAUCAUUGAGCUAAGUGGUAAGAAAACGUUGCUAUGGAGAACCAGCGGUAACCUUGGCAAUGUUUGGAAAGAAGGUCGUAUACCUCUUAAUCGAGUACAUUCCUUCAAGAUUGAAUUUGAAGGAAUUUUGGCAAACGACCCAGGAGAACAUUUAUCAAUCGACAACAUAACGUUUUCAGUCCAAACGUGCUUGCUUACACCUCCCAAUGCUACUAGCAACACGUCAGUGAUAAAAACGAAAAUCAUAAACCAUAUACCCACAUAUAUGAAGUUCCUCAAUGACAUCAUGACCGCACAAAAUCAACAAACAUCAUGGACUCCUUGCUACACAUCACGUGAUCAUGGCUGGAAUAUAACGUUGUUUAAGAAACUCUGUCAAUCAAAAGGCCCCACCAUAGCAUUAGUUCGCAGUAGGAAUAACAUAUAUGGCGGAUUCACCGAGGACAGCUUGAUACAAGAGUGUCCUAACGAGGAAAUGUCUAGUCUGGACUUCGAUGGUCAGAAAAGUUUUUCUAUUGUCAAUUUGACACGUGACAUUUCAUCAUUCACCAUCUCCUUAUGGAUGCAGACGUCAUCAUUAUCUAGCAUGGUAUUGUUAUCAACGACCCCAGAGCAGUUGGUCAUUCAAUACCAAGCAAACACUUUAAAUAUAACUCUCUUUUCUCAAAGUGUUUCAGUGCCGUGUGCUCUGAGUGACUACAAAUGGCAUCACAUCUUUGUCCAGUGGAAACACUUCAAUCAAAACCUUACCAUUUACAUCAAUGGUGUUUUUAUGAAGAAAACAAGCUUUAGUAUUAACAAAGUAUUGCGGAAAGGAACGUUUUUUCUUCUUGGCAAAGGGUCCUCAAACAAAGAGUAUUACAUGGGUAAACUCGAUGGUGCAAAUAUUUGGUCCAGUGAGGUUGAUGAAGGGCUUGCAAGAAUUCUGAGUCAAGGAUAUCGUCAUGUAUACCAUGGUAACGUCAUUACCUGGAAAGAUUUUAAAGCAGGUAUCAGAGAAACAACAACAGUGGUGCCGUCUUCUUGUGUAUGGAACACAAGUGAAAGGGAUUACGACCUUUUUUUCCCAUCUGCUGUGGUAGGCUAUGUAGCAAUAAAUUCAGCAUGGAUACGAGACCUGCAUCAAUUCACAAUGGUAUGGUGGAUGAAGACUGAUACAUACAAAGACUUGUAUAUCCUGUCAUACAUGAAUGAUGCAUGUACACAUAAAAACAACUUUGGCAUAAGCUUCACUUGGAAUGAAACCACAUCAAAGUGGAUGUUUGUAUUGGACUUUACCAGGAAUUGUACCAGUCCCUAUAAAUACCAAGAAAGAUUGCUGAUUCAAACGCAAAUUAAUGACGGUUUUUGGCACCACGUGGCUGUCACAUGGUAUGACGUAAACCUCCGAGUUGACGUCACUGUUGAUGGAUUGUUAGAGGGUUCAAUACCAUUCAAAAAAGAUAGUUUGAAUAAAUAUAUAGAGUCAAUUCCAAAAGAUGGCAAAGUUAUUCUGGGACAAACACCCAAGGACAACAACCCUAAUGGAGACUUAGGUUCAAAUCUGAUUUUUAUCGGAAGAUUGACUGAUUUCAAUAUCAUCGACGUCUUCUUGUCCCAAGAGGCAUUGCGCGUGCUGUCUUUGAGAUGGGGUUCCAUUACAGGAAACUUGUUGUCAUGGGCAGACGCUCGUCACCAUGUGAUUGGGACGCUUCAAACGUAUAGCCCAUCAUCUUGUCGAAGAGAAACCUACCGUCCAGACACACGUGCAUUUCUGUUCAUCCUCAAUAACAGUUCUUCAACUGUUGCGAAAAUAAGCAGUAAACACGUUGAGGUAUCUACUAGUCUCCAGGAGUCACACGGUCUCGUGUACGGUGAAUCGCCUCAUGAUUUGAUUAUUGGUGUCAACGGUUCCAUGAAGACAGCAGUAUACCGUGGAAAUGUCUCAUAUGAGUUACUGGACCAUCUACCCAGGGCGAGAUUGACAGUUGACGACAUUGAAGUACUGUACAAAACAGAUAGUUUGUGUUCUUCCCGAUGUUCGUAUCACUACAGUUGUGAUGAAAUCAAUGGACGCUGUAUAUGUAAUACCGCUGACACAUCGUUUGGGUUAUGUGAUAUAGAACAAAAAUACCCUAAAAUUCAAUACUUUUGGCCUCUUGACCACCCAAACAACAUCAAGAAUUUAAAAAGCAGUACAUGGGGCGUGGUCAAAGGUGACGUCACAUACAUUUCAGGCGUAAACAUGGGUGCAUUGAAAAUAGACGUUGGAUCAAAGGUUGUUCUUGAACGACUUAAUACAAGUUGUUUAAAAGCUACUUGUGAAAUAACUGUUAGCUUAUGGUUGAAAUAUUGGUUAACGAACAGCACUCAAAACCAGACUUUCCUGGACAUUAAUGGGUUAUUAACAUUGUACCAGCCAAAGGGUAAUGUCAUGGAAAUGGCCGCUAACGUUAACAGUAAUCACGACAGAUUUAUUCAGAAUAUCUUUUAUUCCCCUGCUGGAAUAUGGAAUCAUUAUACCAUCGUCAUUAGUAAGAUGGAAAGUAUAAUUUAUAAGAACAAACAAGAAGUGAAAAAUAUCAAGAGAAACUUUACAGAUUUGAGUGAAAGUAGCAAAAAUGAUCCUCUCAAUGGUCUGAUAACGUUAAGUUGUGGAGGAACACAAGCUGAAUUCGAUGAUCUUGUCAUAUCAAAUACAGUGCUAUUACAGAGUCAUAUCAACGAUAUCAUGACAUCUUACACAGAUAAAACAAUCGUUCCUGUUGGCUUUUCUGCAAAAUUAUCUGACGAAACAUGGCAUAACAGCCUAUCAAGACAAGACAGUCAAUUGUAUCUAGACUUCGUGGAGAGAAUUAAGUCCAACAUAUCCCGUUUCUAUGCAGAUAAUUCCAUUACCAUACAUAGUAUUACGGUGGAUACAUUGAGGGAAGAGGGUGGCAAUGUCAUUGGUGAAUUCACGAUCAGGUACUAUCCAUGGUCAAACAAGCACGUGACGUUAUUAAGUGAGAGUAUCGCAUCUACAUCAAUGAUGGGCAGACUAACACUGAAAGACCUUCAAAUUACUCCUGUUCUUGUACCAAACAAACCUUCAAUCGUCCAAACCAUCAAACAAUCGAAUACGAUCAAGACGACGUGGAACGCACCGAUGAUGGACAGUAAGACCUCAUCAUACUUCCAAGGUUAUAACGUGUACUAUCUUAAACAAGGUGAAGUAAACUGGACAAAAUUUGUUGUGGAAGGAAUGCAAACACAAGUCAUCUUUAAAGACCCCAUUCCGUACACAAUACUAAGGAUUUGGGUGACAGCGUUCACUAUCAAAGGAGAGGGACUACCUUCUAACGAGGUGACAUUGUCUGGCGCCAUUGGAGCACCAACAGGGAUCCCGAAUAUAACAUCAGCUUACAAUACCAGUUCGACAAGUAUAUUUGUAAAGUGGGCCAAACCACAAGAUAACAGUACCAUAACAGGUUAUGAGGUUUCGAUCUUCAGAAACGAUAGUCAGGUUAAGCCACUUCGUUCAUUGCUAACCAAUUGUACUCAGGCAACCCUGCUUGGACUGGACGUAUAUACUGCGUAUGUCAUCAAAAUAGCUGCCUUUAAUACGAUUGGGAUAGGACCUCAAAGUAAACCAGUUAUUUGCAUCACGGACGAAGAAGUUCCUACAGGAUCUCCUCAUAAUAUUACGUUACCAAGUGUCGCUUCACGUCAAGUGCAUUUAGCGUGGAAACCAAUCCCAAUAUCACAAAGGAAUGGUUUAUUACUAGGAUAUAACAUAACCUACUACUUACUCAACUAUAGUAACGCACAAGUACCAAGCUAUGCAACAACAAAUAACUCACAAAUAACCUUAACAAACCUGAGACCUUACUCGACAUACCGCAUACAGAUUACAGGUUAUAAUACUAAAGGACAAGGUCCAGGACUGAAAUCUCCUUACAUCAUCAAAACCAGCGAAGCAGCUCCUUCUGGAAGUCCCGUAAUAACUGAGGCAAUAAGUCAAGGAUCUACUUCUAUACUAAUAAAAUCAUGGGAAACAAUUCCCAAACCUAAAUUAAACGGCAUUCUACGGUAUUACAUCGUACAAUACCAAGUGGUCAACACAACGCUGACUUAUAUUAAGAACAUUACAUCGUCUUUUUCACGGCGGAAAAGAAGAGCUAUAUCAAGCCCUCACAUCAUCUUAGAUGGCUUACAGAAGUUUACGAACUAUUCUAUCAAAAUCGCUGGAGGGACAGUUGGUCAAGGACCUUACAGCCCAGGUUUUGUGGUCAGUACAGGAGAGGAUGUCCCAGGAGCAGUUAUCAGUCUCCAGGCAACCAAUGACAGUUCUACGAGUAUUCGGGUUACCUGGCAACCACCAACUAAUCCUAACGGCAUCAUUCUUGGCUACAAGGUCAAUUACAGCGAUGGAGCUGAUAGUCUGGGAUCCAUUGAUACAAAGCUUACAUCAUAUAUCCUGAAAGGACUUGUCAAUUACACUUUGUAUAACAUCCAUGUCACGUGCUAUACCAUAAAAGGAGAAGGAAAUGUAUCGACUGUGACAUGUAGAACUGACGAAUCAGUCCCGACAGGUCCUCCCCGAUCUCCUGCAGCUUUUCCAGUGAGUUUGACCAGCAUAGAAGUCAAAUGGCGACCUGUUGCAAUUUCACAGCGACGAGGAAUUAUAACCAAAUACCUGGUCAUGUUGUUCAACUCAAGUGGGUUGAUGAUCUUAAGGCGUGAAGUAUCCAGUGACCAUGACAAGAUCGUUCUUCACGGUUUACAAAAGCAGAGUAAUUACAGUGUCAAGAUCAGUGCAUUUACAAGGAAAGGACAAGGACCAUUUAGCAAGUUAAUUUAUACUUCAACAAAUAAUGAAGCUCCAAAGUUCGUUCCAUCUAAAGUGAAAGCACAGUUGAACGGUACCAAUCGAAUAUUAGUUCAAUGGAGCAGCAUUGCACAGGGACAACUUCGUGGUUAUCGUGUAUUAUAUAUGGGUAUUAACCAUCCAUUUGCUGGUGAGAGGAAUAUAUCAGUUGAUCAUUGGACCCAAGAGGUUAUUUUAAAAGACCUGUACUAUUACACACGAUAUAUCAUCAAAGUCUCAGCUUAUACCGCGUUUGAGGGGAAUUUCAGUAAACCGGUCUAUGUUACAACUGGAGAAUCAGUGCCAACACAUCCACCAACUAAAGUAGUGGUAGCUUCAAGAGGUUCAACCAACGUUAGUGUAUUCUGGGACUUGAUUCCUAUUGGACACCGCAAUGGUCGAAUCAUUAGUUAUCGAGUAGAAUAUCGAAGGACUGGAUCCAACGAGUCAUACACACAAGAAACCGAUCAAUUCUCAACGAGACUUACAGCGCUUAAAAAGAAUACACGCUAUGACGUCAUAAUAUCAGGAGCCACUUCCGCAGGAUAUGGAAAUAAGUCAUUUCAUUCGGUGACAACUGACGAAGAUGUUCCCAGCGAAACGCCGCAGAACCUCACAGCUCAAAACUGGACAAGUCUAUAUACAAUACCCGUUAGUUGGAAACCCGUAGCAGCCAAUCACAUGCAUGGAAAGCUGACAGGUUAUCAUCUAACCUAUUUAGCUGUGAAACGGGGUGACAAAGAAGUGUAUGAUGACAAUAUCAGUAUAGUUUCAUUAUCGCCUAACCAAACAUCGUACACUAUCAUGGGUUUGCAGCCACUGUCUGUGUAUAGGAUAACCGUAGUCGCCUCCACAAGGAAGGGAGCCGGUCCUAAAGCCACUACAUUUGGGGAAACAUGCCGCUGUACAAGAACAUUGACAACGAGUUGGAGUGAAUACAGUCCAUAUGUAAAUAUCACUACCGGUCUUAUAAUACCAGCAUUGGUUGCUAAUAUGACGUCAUAUUGCUGUGGUCAUUGCAAGGAUCAUGGUCACUCCACAGUCAACUUUAGAUUUGAUGGGAAUGGAACAUCCGCUAAGAAAUCGUCCCUUGGAGAGCUUGUUCAAUCCAUCGACGGUCAUUCUGACUUCAGUUUUCCGAUUUACGGCCAUUACGAUCAAUCUCUGUACAAAGGUGGACUUGGUUUUUCUCCUUUGAUUUUGUCUCCUGGAGUCGCGUUCAUCGUUUACAAGAAAGACACGGUGAAAUUAAGAGAAAAUAUGUUUAACGCCAUAAUUGGGUGUUGGCCUGUGUUGGCUGUUCCGAUUGUUAUGUGUUACAUUGCUGGGUUUAUCAUCUGGGUCCUUGACUCAAGACUAAACCCUCAACAUUACCCACAGUCCUUCCACAAAGGAAUUCAAAAUGGUUUCUGGUGGGCUUUUGUCUCCAUGACAACGGUUGGUUAUGGUGAUAAAACCCCAAUUGGGCACGGUAGUCGUUUGUUUGCAGUAAUUUGGACUUUGUGCGGWAUUAUUAUAAUAUCGGUCUGUACAAGUACCGUAACAACUUCCCUUACAGAAGUCACAAUCAACAACAAACAAAUGCUUUACGGUUCCAAGGUUGCUGCUUUGCAUAACAGUCCCGAAUUCUGGUUGGGAAAAAGGAAAAAUGCUAAAGUAAACGAAAGAAGAGAAUACCACACUCUUCUCGAACUGAUCAAUGCAUUGGAAGACAAAGAAGUGGACGGUAUUCUUGUAGAUACGUAUGCAGCGGGAUCAAGAAGUGACUUGUUUAACAGACCCUCCCUAAGAAUUGCUAAAGUCUUGGAUUAUAAGAUGGCGUACGGUCUGGUAACUGCUGGAUAUGCCAUUCAGUUAAGACAAUGCUUUCAUGAAUACUUAACGGCGUUUGCAGCAGACAUAUACCAUAAUAUAUCCAAUAACGUCAGAAUGAUCGAGUACAAACAAGACCCUCCUGACCAGAUCAUUACAGAUGGCUUGUUCAACACCAAGGCUGAACAGUUCAAYGAUUCAGUGAAAUUCACAGGUUGUGUGUUGUGCUUGUUUCUUAUAUUUGGUAUAACCUUUGACUGGAUACGAAGAGUACGAACGAGGGCCCCUAUCGAAGGGCAAGCGGUUUUGCACGACAUUUCAAAGAAGAAAGAGAUAAUGMAGGACAUAGUUAACACCUUUAAAGAUAAUAUGGAAAGAACGUCGAGAGAACUGAUAAAAAAACACAGCCUGGAACUGUGGAAGGCACGUAAGCUGAGAAGCAGAAAAUUGAAAAAGCUAGACACUCCUAGUGAAGAGAGUUUCAUAAUGCAGAGACUUUCAUCAAAAUCUGACUCUAUAUGAAUUUGUAUUUAUUUGUAAAUAGUCGCGGCGAAUAUUACCUUUUUUUUUUUGUAAAUGCGCUUUUUUUAGCUUGGGUCUAGGAUAGUUUUGAACUAUGAACUCUUGUGUUUGUAUAAAAGUAAGCUGCCGUUGGUGAUUCACAAUAAAAAUUGAAAAGUCAAAACAUGAA